UACAAGCAACCCUAUUUGUACGCAAGGGCGAAGAGUGAUAAACGUGUGUUCACGGUAUGGUCAUCUACGUAUGCUCGUCCGGUUUCAUGUCAACGUUCUGCGUAUCCUGCUCGGAAAUCAUAAUUGACAAGUGCAGGAACGAAGUCGUCGUACAACAAAUUCACGCGAAUAUGUGUUGGUAAUAGUAAAGUGGCAAUAGCAGCGCCGAUAUUUAGUAGUAAUAGUAACUGUAAUGAAGGUAAUAUCAGUGGCGACUACAGUGGUAGUAGUGGUGGUGACGGUGAUGGUGGUGGUGCUAGUGGAGAUAAGUGCGGGGGACUGAAUGCAUAUCAACGAAUUUCAUGUCCCACGAAACACUUUCUCGUGGUUCACGUCGUAGAGAAUGUGCGGUGUAAUCUAAGGUGUCGUGAAUUUGACGAUUGGUACAAUGUUAAAGGAUUAUUCGCCGAUUGUACAGGCGCUCCUAGGAACGUUAUUUACAUGGGCUCUCACUGCAGCGGGUGCCGCACUUGUCAUCGUGAUUCGAGGAAAGCAACGUAAAUUGUUGGACAUCAGCCUGGGAUUUGCGGGCGGCGUAAUGAUAGCGGCAAGUUACUGGUCGCUACUGGCACCUGCUAUCGAAAUGGCGACAAAGAGCAAAAUUUACGGUGCAGAAGGCGAAUACGCGUUCGUACCAAUCGGAGUUGGAUUUCUCAUAGGCGCGGCUUUCGUUUAUGGGACGGAUGCGUUGAUAUCUUCCCUUGGCAUUCAGUCCCCCAAUGUGCUUUUAGCUAUGCAGUCAGUCGGUACGAAACAAAGACGCAAGAUCCUUGCAAAACUAAAGAGUGACGAGGAUUUAGACGAUUAUGAUCCGUAUAACGACGUACAGAUAUCUGAUGGAAAAAUGUAUACUCAAAUUGAAUCGACAACCAUCGAUGGUAUCAUAUUUUUUUCUUGUCAUCCAAUUCAUCCAACAUCCAAUUCUCUCUGUAGGCUUGGAAAAUGGGAUCAGUUCACGAUACACGUGUAUAUUAUGUUUAUGUAUAAAAAUAUAUAUAAAAGAUUCAAUGUACACUCGCCCCUCUUUGCUUUCUCGUACAAUAAGCAAUCGAUUUGUACAGAAAUAAGCAGAUAUUUUAUCACAUUAUAUUUUUCUAUUAUUUCUACGAGAAUAAAAUAUCUGACGUUUCUUAUUUCUGUUAGCUGCUGCUUAUUUCUAAACAAUACUAAUUUUUCGUGUAUAUUCCAUUGUGCACGUAUUGUCCAAUGUAUUGUUUCAUAGUGUAGUUGGCCAUUUACUGGAAUGUUUGUCAAGUUUUAAUGCUUUUUGCGUUAAAAGUAUGGAAAGGAAAGUAGUGUAUGCAUGAAAACAUUUCAAAACAAUAAGUGGAAUUUACAAAAACACGAUCGGUAAAACGUUUAAUUGUUGAAACAUAUAGUAGCAGCUAUCUACUUAAGAUUGCUUGAUAAUUAAAAAAACAAUCAAUGCACGU